AUGUCCGCCUCCGGCGCCGCCCUCCCCCGCGACGCCGCUCCCGCAGCCCACCCCUGGCUCGCCCCCGACGCCGGCGCCGUCCGCGGCCCCUGCCCGAUGCUCAACUCCCUCGCCAACCACGGCUACCUCGCCCGCGACGGCAAGUCCAUCUCCAUGCAGGACCUCAUCGCCGGCCUCGGCUCCGCCCUGCACUUCAACGAGUCCCUCGUCCGCACCCUCGGCACGCCCGCCUUUGCUACCUCCACCACCGGCAACGCGAGCACCUUCAACCUGGACGACAUCGCCAAGCACAACGUAAUCGAGCACGACGGCAGUCUCUCCCGCGCCGACUUCGCCGUGACUGGCGACGCAAAGACCUUCAACGAGAUCGUCUGGGUCGAGACCAAGGGAUACCUUGAGACCGGCGCCGCUGCUGCGUCGGACAACAAGGUCGGCGUCGCGACCAUGGCCUCCGCGCGCAGCAAGCGCAUCGCCACUGCGCAGGCGACGAACCCGUCGUUCAACUUGACGACCAGCCAGGUCACUGUUUCUCUGGGCGAGUCGGCCGUCAUCCUCGGCACUAUUGGACAGAGCUACACUGCGCCUGCUGCGCCGGUUGAGUGGUUGAAGGUUGUCUUUGAGGAGGAGCGUCUGCCGUUCAACGAGGGGUGGAACACCUCUGCCGAGGUGAUUACCACCGCUCAGGUCCUCGGUCUGUCGCAGCUCAUCGCUACCAGCGGAAGCAGCUAA